ACAGAAUAAAAUUACUCUGUCAGUUCACGUAGAUUUCUCUUCGGAACCAACCUCUAGUAAUGCCCCAAAUAUCUAUGCAGUUUCACGAUCUUAAAGGAUUCUUCAAAUAUUUGUUAAAAAGAAGGGACAGGCUUAUGAAAGCAAAUGCAUUAUAUCUUUGUUUCGUGACAUUUUGUCCAUUGAAUUCUAAAUUUUUCAGACAACAUGGAUCUGCCAUCUUUGGAAAAUGUAUCUGAUGCAAACCUUAGCGGUCUAAAGGUACCCUUGAUGGAUCUGCCAUCUUUGGAAAAUGUAUCUGAUGCAGACCUUAGCGGUAUAAAGGUACCCUUAAUGGAUCAUCAAAAAACUGCUCUCGCUUGGAUGAAACGCCGUGAAGAGCAAAAGCCCCAUGGCGGUAUCUUAGCCGACGAUAUGGGCCUGGGAAAAACUAUCUCGGCGAUCUCAUUAGUGUUGGCCAGCAAGAAUAGAAACACGAAUACCUUCAACGGUGUUACUUUGGUGAUCUGCCCAGCCAGUCUGCUGCGUCAAUGGGAGUGUGAGGUUAAAUCGAAGGUUUCACACGAAAAGCUCAACAUUUUCGUACAUCAUGGAAGAAAUCGUGGGCGGCCUGAAGUUCUAUGUACCUUCGAUAUUGUGAUCACCACCUACGGUAUUGCGAUGCGAGAGUACAAGCACAGUGGCAAUCUUUUCGGUGUUAAGUGGAAGCGCAUUAUACUGGAUGAGGCACAUCUUGUGCGGAAUUCCAAAACGAUCACAUGCGAGGCUGUGUGCGAGCUAAGGAGCAACUAUCGUUGGGCAUUAACCGGCACGCCUAUUCAAAACGAAAAGCUAGACUUGUAUGCUUUGAUCAAAUUUCUGCAUUAUACUCCCUACGGUAAUUUGGCCGAAUGGAAAAAACGUAUCGAAAAUAACAAAACAGAUGGUCAGCAGAAAUUAAAAAGGCUACUAGAGCCACUAAUGCUGCGACGGACUAAAGACCAACUGAAGGACAUUGAUAAAAACCGUGUUCCCAACAAGUUUUACAAACCGAUUAUGUUUGAAUUAGAUGCCGAGGAGGAGGAGGUGUACGACAAGAUAGACCGUUUCAAAAAAUACAUACUAAAUGAGGAGAUUAAUAUAGAUGGCGAAUACUACAAAAUGCACGAGAAGUUCAAGGACAUGGAAAAAGGCAAUGCAAAACAUGUUCUGUUAUUACGCUUGCAACAGAUUUGCUGUCUUCCGGGAUUGAUUGUUGAAAUGCUAGAUGAGUCUGAUGACGAAGAAGAGAAUACGGGAUCUGUUGUGCCUUGCAUUGAGAAUAAUCUAGAACGUCAAAGUUCAAAAAUGCUGAAGUUAAUGAAAACACUAGCACCGAUUAUGAACAAAAGCAGAGAUAAGGUCAUUAUAGUGUCGAAAUGGAAAUCGGCUUUAAAUAUUUUAAGUAAUCAUUUGCAGAAAGCCAAGUGGCCGACUUUGUCACUAAACGGAAGCACUAAAUUGAAGGAUCGUCGGAGUAUUGUGAACAAGUUCAACGACCCGGAAAAUCCGAAUCGCAUCCUUCUCCUCUCGCUUAAAGCUGGAGGGUUGGGUCUUAAUCUAGUGGGCGCCAGUCAUAUGCUAUUUUUCGAUAUUCAUUGGAAUCCACAGCUCGACCUACAGGCAGAGGGUCGUAUUUACCGCAUUGGUCAAAAAAAAGACGUGAUCAUCCACAAGUUCAUGUGCAGCAACACCAUUGAGGAAAGUAUCUUCAAGGUACAGAAGAGGAAACUCGAAAUAGCCGAGGGAGUACUCACUGUUUCCAAUGAUAUUGAUACUAUUGAAGAUAUUCUCUUGUGAAAGUCUACCAUUAACGCCACUUGGGGGGCGUGCAAUACUAGUUUUUACGAAUUGUUGUAAAUAAAAAUAUGUGUUUAUAUAAAUGCAAAUACAACUAGUAUUAAUCAA